CGCUUCCUGGUCCCCACACUAUAAAAGGGGCUGCCUCCUCAGCAGAAGAGAGUCGGGGAGAGAAAGGAGACCGGAACAGCUGCUGAGACCUCUAAGAAGUCCAGAUACCAAGAGCAAAGAUGUUUCAAACUGGGGGCCUCCUUGUCUUCUAUGGACUGUUAGCCCAGACCAUGGCCCAGUUUGGAGUCCUGCCCAUACCCCUGGACCAGGCCCUGCCCUUGAAUGUAAAUCCAGCCCUGCCCUUGAGUCCCACAGGUCUCGCAGGAAUCUUGACAAAUGCCCUCAGCAAUGGCCUGCUCUCUGGGGGCCUGUUGGGAAUUCUGGAAAACCUUCCGCUCCUGGACAUCCUGAAGCCUGGAGGAGGCACUUCCGGCGGCCUCCUUGGGGGACUGCUUGGAAAAGUGAUGUCAGUGAUCCCUGGCCUGAACAUCAUUGAUAUGAAGGUCACUGACCCCCAGCUGCUGGAACUUGGCCUUGUGCAGAGCCCUGAUGGCCACCGUCUCUAUGUCACCAUCCCUCUCGGCAUCAACCUCCAAGUGAAUACGCCCCUGGUUGGUGCCAAUCUGUUGAGGCUGGCUGUGAAGCUGAACAUCACUGCAGAAAUCUUAGCCGUGAGAGAUAAGCAGGAGAGGAUCCACCUGGUCCUUGGUGACUGCACCCAUUCCCCUGGAAGCCUGCAAAUCUCUCUGCUUGAUGGACUUGGCCCCCUCCCCAUUCAAAGUCCUCUGGACAGCCUCACAGGGAUCUUGAAUAACGUCCUGCCUGAACUGGUUCAGGGCAAGGUGUGCCCUCUGGUCAAUGAGGUUCUCAGUGGCUUGGACGCCACCCUGGUGCAUGACAUUGUCAACAUGCUGACCCACGGACUAAGGUUUGUCAUCAAGGUCUAAGCUUUCCAGGAAGGGGCCUGGCAUCUGCUGAGCUGAAUCAUUUCUUGCUGCUCAGUCCAUUGCCUCUGCCCAGCUCCCCAGGGCUUACAGAUGACUGGCCUAUGAGCUGGAAGAUGACAUAGUUGCCUUCUCUCCGAGGAACCUGCUCCCCCUCCUUUCCCACCAGGUGUGUGUAACAUCCCACGUGCCUCACCUAAUAAAAUGGCUCUUCUUCCGCA